AUGGCAAGCAGUUCGCGAGCUUCAACUUCCGCAACACCGCUUCGUCGUAGAACCCAUACUCUCAACAAUCGGCGUUCUUCUUCUACGGCCUCCAGCACUAUAAGGCCAGACGAGUCCACCGACCAGGAGGCUGAUGAGACUUUACCGUCGCCACCGACCUCUCUUGUAGAAGAAGAAAACGAUACAGAGACGGAGCAAUAUGCUGACGAUGAGGGUGACGAGGAACAAGCUGCGCUGCCAGAUGCAGGCAAUGAAAGCGAGGAUGAGAUAGAAGAGUACCAUCACCGUCCAUGGUACAAGCCUUCGCUUCCCGUUCUACUUCCUUUGGCAGCUUCGUUUGGCAACUGGCUCACAGGUGGAGACCAACUGAAGGAUAUUGCGCUGCUUCUCCUCCUGAUGUUCUACCUUCACCAACUCGUUGAAACACCUUGGACUCUUUACCGCAAUGCCCGACCUCGUCGUUCCCUUUCCUCACCGAUAACUCUGAAUCAUCCAACUACCAACGAAGCGCGUAGCGAACUUCGUCGGCUUGAACUUUUCCUUCUUUUUGUCUGUCUCGUCGCACCAGCACUUGGUGUGGUUUUAUUACGCACCUUGACUUCAACAGCUCCAUAUUCUUCCUCUCCAACCCAGCGCCAGCCAAUUUCGUGGUUUUCUACCUCCAUCUUUGCCCUCCUUACAGCUUUUCGCCCCCUUCGUGAGCUUGUUUCGUUGAUCACCACUCGCACCAGCACGCUUCAUACCCGUAUCCACACUGGGCCAAUCGAGAAUGGCAAUGGUGAACAAUCAAUUGAGCUCGUUUCCCUCCGCGCCGAGGUUGCUCUCUUGAGUAAUCGUCUUGACGCCCUCUCUCAGAAUUUACCACGGAAAGACAAAGCCGCAUCAAAUCCCCACAUGAACACUCUCAUUAACCGUCUUGACGCUCUCACAGUUCUCGUCUCCUCGCAUUCAGAACUGAUUCCCCUUCUCGAAGAUGGUGUCCAUAGACUGGAACGUCGCGUCGGUCGUCUUCGAGCGGGCCGGAAGGCCCAAAAUAAUAGUCAACAACAAGCCGGUGCAACAACAAACACCAUAUUCGUCCCUGCCCCAAUUCGACCACCGUUUUUGUCCUGGUUGAUAUCACCAACCCAAGCAGUUCCCAGUCCACAAUCAUCUGCCGCUCCUCCACUGUCGCCCUCUUCAUCGAAAAUCCGUACUCCUUUGGGACUUGCACCAAUUCCAGAAGAAAGCGAAACCAUGCCCGCUUCUUUCCCCAUCCGUGCAAGCUAUAGAGUUGAGCAUGUGAAACCAGUCUCCAAAGCUGUCCCAGGAAGCCAGCUACAACCAGUGUUGGAUAUAAUAUCCAACCUCGCGCUCGCGCCGUUGCAGCUCAUUUUAUUGCCUCUAUAUAUUGCAUUACUUCCGCUGAGGAGUGUCUUGAAGGCGCUCGUCGGCUGA